CUUUAGUAAUCAUCCCAUACAUCCACCGCAAUCACACCGUUCCGCCGCCGAUAAAUUAUAAGCAACAUAUAUAUCUAGCUUUUGCUGGCGGCUAUAUAUGGAGAUGCGGUGGUCGUCGCCGGAAGUAAAAUCUCCGAGGAAGGAGAUCCAAGGUCCCCGCCCAACGCCGCUCAAAGUACACAAAGACUCCCACAAGAUAAGAAAGCCUCCUCCGGUGCCGCAUCCGCCGCAGGCGGCGCCUCCCCGGCCGCCCGUUAUCAUCUAUACUUUGUCCCCCAAGAUUAUCCAUGCAAACCCUAGCGACUUCAUGUCCCUAGUUCAGCGCCUCACCGGCUCACUCCCGGCCGAGCCGUCCUCCUCCUCCCAGGCGGCCUUCCAAGGCUAUCUCACCGGCGGCGCGGUGUCUCCGGCGGCCUGCUUUGCUUCUUUGGAGAAAACCCGGACGACGCCGAAGGGUAGGGACCCGCAGCUGUCACGUGACGUGGAAGGGAUGGUUGGGGGUGUAGAGAUUAGCGGUGAGGUCGAAAGGAGCGGAUACUUCCCCGCGGGGGUAUUAUCGCCAACUCCGGCUUCUUUCCCGCCUAUUCCUCCCAGCUUUUUCUCGCCGCCGUCCGAUCAAAACCAUCUAGGGUUUUUCACAGAUUUAAUCAGUCCUGUGCUGCACAGUAGCAGAUACCACCCAGAAACCAGCUUUUACAUUUCUAGCCCUUCGAUUCUCAAUAAUUUCAUUUCGCCUCGGUUCAUUUUCUCCCCAGGCUCUGCAUCUCUUGAGCUUUUCAGUAAUGACCUCUUUGACCUACCGGCAACCCACACCCUAUAGCCGGAAAGUCUCGGGAAUUUAAGGACAAGAGCGUUCAUCGGGGAAGUCAACGGUGACUUUUCUACCAAUGGUUUGAUGUAAUAUAAAAUCAGCAGAAUUGUAAAUUUAAAAUGUAACGGGUCCGAAUGAAUCCCUUUCCCGUCCUAAUUUAUUGCGAGGAAUUGUAAUGGCUGGCCGGCUAUUCUGGUUGAGCAACUUUAGUUAAGCAUUCAUGUUGUAUGUAGUACAUAAUAUGGAGUAUUUCUUUUUCUUUCCAAUAAAUUGAAUUUUAAGCUGCUAUUAGCCGGGACUAAGAGUAGCC